GUUUUUGGCUUUGGGGAACUGUGAACUGAAAACCGAGGGAGUUGGCGACGGUGGAGAUGGAGGAGGCAAAGAGGACGAGAGAGCUAGAGAGCAGAGUAGUUGAGAAGGUCGGCGAAGUGAUAAGGGAAAUAGAAAGAGCAAAGCAGGCGGACCAAGUGAUUUGCACUCUUCACUCUUUAGCUGUUCUUCUCUUCCCUAUCGAUUCCUCUCUUCUCUCCGGGAGCAUUGACGAGCGUUUCAAGGACCAGAUUGUUAGUGCCAAGGUUCAUGCCGCAAAUGAGAGGGAUGAUUGGUGGAAGGCUUUUUAUCAGGGAGCUGCAUUUCCGACAUUGGCUAGGGUUUUGUUACUUGAUAUUGCUUCCAGUUGGCUCACUUGUUUCCCACUUUCGGCAAAGAAACAUGUCUACGAUGUUUUCUUUGUCAAUGGACUAUCAACUGAAGUUGUUCAGGUUUUGGUUCCUUGUCUACGGCAGAGCUGCAGUGAUGUACACGAUGUUAAUACUAUUCAGUCAAAUGUAGAAAGAUUGCUUGUACUUUGCCUUCUUGACAAUGCCGGGGUGCUUAAAAUGGCUAAAGAAUUUUCCAUUUCCUCCCAAUCGAAAGAUAUUAUAAAUGAAAGGCUCAAGUCAGCUGUGUCUAGGGUAGCACAGAUUGUAACAUCUAUUCCUGAUAAAGCACGAUUGAGAGCCCUGCCUUUGCUUUCAUCACAUUUGUUUUUCAAGCAGAUCACUAUUCAACUUCUCAGUGGUUUGGUAGAAAGACUAGCGAUCUCUAAUAGAAGUGACAUGGAUGUUAACUGUUUAUUUAUUGGAGAAAUAUUUUCCCGCAUCUGUCGACGUGGAUCUUCAGAUGUGCUGUUAAUUGAAGUAACUCCCCAGAUUCUUAGACAUGUUCGAAGUUGCUUAUCUUCAAAUAGUGAUAUAGUUGACACAGACGUAUUUGAGUCAAACCCUGAAUCCCAAUUUUGGUUAAAGAUAAUGGAAGCAAUUACAGACCCCUACACUGUUGAAAGAAUUUCUGAACAGCUUUUGCAUCAGCUUGCAACUGAGCAUGCAAGUGAUAUUGAAGCUUACUGGGUUCUUUGGAUAUUGUUUCAUCAGUUACUCCAACGUCAGUCAUCAGUCAGGUCGAUGUUUGUUGACAAAUUUUUACUAUGGAAAGUGUUUCCUGUUUGUUGCCUGCAGUGGAUCUUGCAAUUUGCUGUUCUUGGAUGUCCACCUGUUACCAAUUCACAGACAAAAGGUCAUGAAACCAAUGGUCUUUUUGACACAGUGCAACGCCUCGCUGCAGUAUGGUCAAAAAGGGACUUUGUACAAUCAGCCCCAGUGGAGCAGCAAGCUUAUAUAACUGCAGCUGUAGGCCUUUGCCUGGAGAAGAUGUCCAAAGAGGAACUAGAUAAGACAAAGGAUGUGAUGCAAUCAAUUCUUCAAGGAGUCAGCUGCAGGCUGGAUAGUCCUGCAGAUCUAGUGCGGAAAAUGGCUAGCACUAUCGCUUUAGUAUUCUCUAAAGUAAUCGACCCAAAAAAUCCUCUAUAUCUUGAUGACAGCUGCAAUGGAGAGAGCAUUGACUGGGAGUUUGGAUUAACCACGACUGAGAAAGGGCCCUUAUCGAUCUCAAAUGCAGAAAAGCAAAUUGAUGAAACAGGGACAUCAACCACCCCAAUGUUAACCAAAGACUUCACUCACACAGCUGAUGGUUUAAAAGGAAGUAAUGUGAAGAGUAAAAGCAAGAAAUCCUCUGAAUUCAGUUUGGUUGAUCCAGAUGAGAUUAUAGAUCCAGCUACACUAAAUUAUAAAUCGGUCUCCGAUGAAAACGAUGAUGAGGAUGCAAGUGAGAAUUCUGAUUCAAGUGACUCCUCUUUGCAGCCAUAUGACUUGACCGAUGAUGAUACAGAUUUAAAACGAAAAAUGUCACAACUUGUUGAUGUAGUUGGAGCCUUAAGGAAAUCUGAUGAUGCUGAUGGGGUGGAGAGGGCUCUUGAUGUUGCUGAAAGUCUUAUACGAGCAUCACCUGAUGAACUUACACAUGUAGCAGGUGAUCUUGUUCGAACUCUUGUACAUGUUCGUUGCUCUGAUACAGCAGUAGAAGGUGAGGAAGAAACGGCGGAAGAGAAGCGGCAAAGAGCUCUGAUAGCAUUGAUUGUCACACGUCCAUUUGAAUCUCUUGAUACUCUAAACAAACUAUUAUAUUCACCUAAUGUAGAUGUUAGUCAACGCAUAAUGAUACUUGAUGUCAUGACACAGGCAGCUGAGGAGCUUGCCAAUUCUAAAACUAUGAAACCUAAACAUCAGACAGGGCCCCUCAUAUCAACCAUUUCAGAACCUCAACCCUGGUUCUUGCCUAGCAAUGUGGGGCCUCCUGGAGCUGGGUCCUGGAGAGAGAUCUCAGAUACAGGAACCCUUCUGAACUGGUCAAACCGAUAUGAGAGAGAACUUCCACUAAACCCUGGUCAGGUCAAGAGAGGAAAGACACGCCGGUGGAGCCUAAGAUCGGGAAAUAUACGAGAAGGCCAAAUUGAGUGGUCUCAGAAUAAGUUUCCUCUAUAUGCGGCAGCAUUUAUGCUUCCGGCUAUGCAGGGGUUUGAUAAAAAAAGACGUGGUGUUGACUUGCUCGGUAGUGACUUUCUUGUCCUUGGAAAACUCAUCUACAUGCUCGGUGUUGGUAUGAAAUGUGCAUCCAUGCAUCCAGAGGCAUCUGCAUUGGCUCCCCCUCUUCUUGAUAUGUUAAGAUCAAGGGAGGUAUGCCAUCACAAAGAAGCAUAUGUCAGAAGAGCUGUACUUUUUGCAGCUUCAUGUGUGCUGGUGGCUCUUCAUCCCUCUUAUAUAGCAUCUUCCUUGGUUGAGGGAAAUCUUGAAAUUUCUGAAGGGCUUGAAUGGAUCCGAACAUGGGCCCUCCAAGUGGCUGACUCUGAUACAGAUAGAGAGUGCUACACUAUGGCCGUGUCAUGUCUCCAACUACACUCUGAGAUGGCCCUCCAAGCUUCCCGAGCACUAGAGUCAGCAGAAAGUACAUUCAAGGCCAAGGGUAUUAACCUCUCAUCCAGUCUGUCCAAGGGAACAAUCAAAAUCCCCUACUCGAAUGUUGAAUAGAUUCUUGUACAGUCAAUGCAGAGGUUCUCAAUAAUUUAUGUAUCCAUUUUGCAGAUAUUGUAAAAUGAACAAGACCCUUUGGCUAUCAAUGAUGUAAGAUUUUCCCCCUCACACAAAGUAUCACAAAAAUGUAAUCCAACACUGCAAGGAUGUUACAAGCUUUCUUUAUUUCUUCUGGA